AUGGCAGGAGAAGUGCGCCAGCCCAUAGAUAUUGCCUCGUUAGAGCGGUAUAUUGAACAGAAUGUGCAGGAGCUCAAGACUCCACUCGAAUUUGGCUUCGGUCAAUCAAACCCUACCUACCUGCUGACUGCCGCCAAUCACAAACAGGUCGUUCUGCGCAAGAAGCCCCCCGGCAAGCUGGUCUCAAACGCGGCUCAUAAAGUCGAGCGCGAGUACAAAAUCAUCCGCGCAUUAAGGGAUACGGACGUACCUGUCCCCAAGGCGUACUGCCUGUGCGAAGAUUAUAGUGUCAUCGGCACGCCCUUCUACAUCAUGGAGUUUCUAGAUGGGCGGCAUUUAACCGACCCAGCGAUGCCAGGCGUGAGCGGAAAGGAGAGGAAGGCACUCUGGAAGAACGCGGUGCAAACCCUCGCCAAGAUCCACAGUGUGAACCCCAAAGCCGUCGGCCUCGAAAACUUUGGCAAGCCGGCAGGUUUCUUUGAGCGCCAAAUCGCAACCUUCACCACAAUCUCCAAAGUGCAAGCAACAGUCGCUGACGCGGAUACAAAGGAACCUGUCGGCGAACUCCCCCACUUCAAUGACAUGGUCACCUUCUUCUCGCAAAGGAGCACACAACCACUUGACCGAGGCACCCUCGUACACGGCGACUACAAAAUCGAUAACCUGAUAUUCCACAAGACUGAGCCGCGCGUGAUCGGAAUCUUAGACUGGGAAAUGGCGACCGUAGGACACCCGCUCUCCGACUUCUGCAAUCUAACAGGCCCGUAUAUAAUGGACGGGGCGGAUAGCCAGCGGUCGCAAUUCGCGCCAGGGGUAGUUCCGGAGCUACCGCGGCGCGAGGACUGCAUUGGCUGGUACGCUGAGAAGUCCGGGUACGACGUGAGCUCGGACAUCGCGUGGGGUGAUGCGUUCUUUGCAUUCCGGAGCUCUGUGAUUAUGCAGGGCAUUGCAGCCCGGUUUGCUAGGGGGCAGGCUAGCAGUGCGCGGGCGCGGGAUUAUGCGAAUAGGGCGAAGCCGUUUGCUGAGGGGGCUUGGGAGAUGGUUAGGGCUCUAAGAAGGGUUUCUGGGGUGAAGUUGUAA